UUUGUGUAAAAAUGAAAAUUAAUCAAAUUUCUUACUCGUUCUACGACUUUAGGCACUUUUGCAAUUUAGCCAGACCCUAACACACUUCCACAUUUACUUGCUAGCUAGGGACACUUGCUCGUUGCACAGCACACGACACUGAAAGACACUCGACACCUGCACCUGUGAGUUCGCGAUCGUCGAAGAAUCGGGCGCGCGGAUUGGAAAUUCCAAAACAAUUUGGAUGCCCUGCUAUGUUGCCCUUGCUACAUAUCCGAAUUUUCGUUUGCUAGAAUCCAUCGACACCUGAACACCCACCGAGAGGACGCGGCCCAAUCCACCAGCAGCCCAAAUUGCGAACGCGGAGAAGUCAGAGAAGCACUUGUCGCCACCCCGCAGCUCCAAGCCCCAAAACCCGCUUCAAGAUGGCCAUACCGCCGCCACCAGGUCCACCCCCACCGCCAGGACCACCCCCGCCACCGGCCAUGGGUGGCCUCAAGCUGGGCGGGGGCGGGGGAGGCGGAGCUGAUGCCCGAUCCGCCCUGCUCAGCUCCAUCCAGAAGGGCACCAAGCUGCGCAAGACCAACACGGUGGACAAGAGUGGCCCGGCGCUCGCCGGCAAAGUGUGCGGCUCCGACGGAGGAGGUGGAGGUGGAGGAGGAGCUGGGCCCAAGCGGACCCUCAACAACAACAUCAGCACCAGCCACAACAACAACAGUAACAGCAACGGCCUUGGCAAUGGAGCUCCCAAACUGGGAGGCCUGUUCGAAGGCCUCUCGCAAAUGCCGAAGCUGAAGCCCGUGAACGGCAUUCGCGCAGCGCCAACCGCCGCGCCAGCAACGAAGUCGACGGCUCCGCAGCGGAGCAACAGUCCCCCCACCGCCGCUUCCGCCGCCGCUGGUGCCAGCAAUGGACCCAUGGACUUCAACACGGAGCUCACCAAGCACUUGACACUGAAGCGCCAAAAACAGCAGCAGCAGCAGCAGCCGACCGCCAGCAACACGCAUAUCAAUGCCACGGAGGCCAACUUGAGGACGAACCGGGGACCUCCACCGCAGCCGCCAAAGGCCAGCUCCGGAGACUCGAUCUUGGAGCGAAUGAACAUCCCCCGCACACCAGCCCCGCCGAACUCCUCCGCCUCCAGCUCCAUCCACGCCUCCUCGAAGGCGGCCUCGCCCACGCUCUCCGACAGCGGGAGCAACAACAGCAGUGCCAGUGGAACCGGAAGCGGCAGCGUCAAGAGCAAGGCGGCCAAUCUGAAUAUCUCGUUAGGCAGUAGUUUUGUAAAUAGUUCAAAGACAACCUCGAGUGCCUCCACCACGUCGCUGAGCUCCAGUCGCACGUCCUCGACGGGAUCGCUGCGCAACCUGGCGCCGAACAAGUCCACCUUGUUCGGAGGUGGCAGCGGUGCCACCACCACCGGGUCGGUUUCUGGUGAAGGGUAUGCGAGUGUUCAGAAAUCAUCGCCCCCCUCCACGGCCACCCCCACACCCACACCCACACUGCCCUCCGCGUCGCAGCAGCAGCACACCACGAAGCCGGCGAUUAGCUUCGGGAAACCGAACUUCGCGCCGAAGCCGCCGGGGCUGCAGCAACUGGCCUUGGCCAACGGCCAGCAACGUCCGGCGGUGACCAGGCACCACAGCAUGAAGUCCCCCAGGUCUCCGCCGGCAGCGGGCGGCGUCAACGGGCCAGUGUUCCCCACCCAGCAGCACUUCGGCACCAUGCGGGCGCCCCUGCAGUUCCAGAGCAGCGAGUCCUCCAGCAGCCUCAACACCAGCGCCGGCAGCAUGCGGUCUACCCCCAAUCCCCCCAAGUCCCGCCCCUCGGUGAAGCCGCCGCCACCGCCGACGCCGGCGCGCAGCUACUCCAACAGCAAUCUGAACAACAUGAGCGGCUCCUCGACGCCCUUCAGCGCCGUCAAUACGGCCCUGAUACAGAGCUCCGGCACAACCACCCAGGCCCCCUCGCCGCCCAUCACCCAACCGCCCUCCUCCUCCAGCAGCAGCAGCAGUGUGGCCGCCCUGCGCGACCAGUUCCGCGUGGGCAUGUCCAAUGGCAGUGCCCCCUCGCCGCCGCCGCCCUCCACCUUCAACUCGUCCUCAGCCACGGCCAGUCCCAAGGCCUCGAUGAUGCGCGAGAAUGUCAAGCCGAUUAUUCUGAACGGAGGUCCCCUGAAUCCUCCAGCCCCGCCUCCGCACCGCAGCUGCCCGCCUCCGCCGCCGCCGCAGCGACAGUCUAGCAACCAGCAGGACCGCAUAAGGCACUGGCUCUGCAAGAAGCUGCUGGCGAUAAGGCAGAUAAUCCAAGCCCAGCGAAAAGUCAAGGUUACCGAGAUGCUAAUGGUGAACAGCAGCAGUGGCAGUGGCAGGCGCAACGGCGGUUCCGGAUCGGGAGCAGCACCUGUGCCACCGCAGCGCCACUCUUCCAUCAGGCCGAACGCACCGUCGACGCCACCCACGCACAUGGCCAACUCCUCGCACCAGUUCGGCAGCAGCUCCGGCCUGUCCGGGUCAGGAUCCGGAUCGGUCUCGAGCGCCAGCGUGGGCCGCCUGGUCAUCGAUCUGGAGACGAAGUUCGGGAAGAGGUUCCACAACGUCACGGAGUUCCCCAAGCCGCCGCCCUUCCUCAACAUACAAAAGGUGUAUCCUAGUCGCACGUUUAAGGCCACCAACGCUGCACCUGCUCCGGCGCCCAUCGUCAACAACAACAACAACAACAGCUCGGCCGCCAGCAACAACAACACGCCCACGAACCCGAAUCCGGGUGGCGGAGCUCCGGCAGCUCCGGUCCUGAAGCCUGCCUACGCCCCGAUGAAGAAGCACCGAGCACCAGCCCCGCCGCCCCAGGCCGGGGUGGCCGCCGCCACUGUAUCGGUCAUCCGGCAGUCGAGCUUCCUCUACGGCGGCACCACGGCCGGCGGCUCUGGCGGCGCGGCAGGCAUCCGGCCGCAGUCGCAGCCGGCGGGGAGCGGGCCCCGCAACUCCACCGUCUACUGAGGGGAUCGGGCAGCCGGAAGGAGCAAGUCUCUGAUUUGUACAUAGGUGUGACUGUGGCUUCGUUGUUGUGCCGGUGUGUCUGUGAAUGCGAGUGAGUGUGAUAAGUGCCGCUGGAACCGCUCUAGAGACGAACCCGAAAGCACACUAUUCCCAGAGCCUCAAUGAGCACACAAAAAUAAUUCGUUGGCGUCUUCCCAGUUAC